AAAAUUUAAUGUUUUGAAUGGAGGCUAAAAAGAAAGUAACACAGUCUGAGAUUGCUUUGGGUGAUUUAAGACAAAGACAGGCUAAGGGCAGAAACUUGUAUUAUGAGAUAUUUAAACAUAAGAUGGACCAAGCCCCAAAUGAUAUUAAUCAAUUUUGCAAUCCCAAAUUGGAGGAAGAAUCAAGGCAAACCCUCUUGAAAUGGAUAAGGGAUCUCGAUGAUAGAAGUUCUUCUCAGAGCUUGCAAAUUUUGUUUUCCUUCUCAAUCCCAUCAUCUACUGCAAUUGAUGAAAUAAUCAACCUUCACAUGCCAGUGAUCUCUGCUGGAGCUGGCACUGGCUAUUGGGAGUAUCUCCUCCAUGAAAGAGGAGCUGACAUUGUUAUGUUUGAUCAUAAUAAAAUAUACCCUGAAGGGAUGAGAUACUUGGAUAUUCAGACUGGAGGCCCUGAGCUUCUGAGAGAUCAUCAAGAUAGAGUCUUACUGAUUGCCUGGCCAGAUAAUGAAGAAUCUUCCACAUUUGGAAUUGACUGUCUUAACAAUUAUAAGGGUGAUACAAUAAUACACAUUGGUGAGCUUCUCGGCGAAACCUUCUCAGCCAAUCCCUGGGGUCAGUCCUCCUCACGUGACUUUCAACUUCGUCUUGCCGAAACAUUUCGUUGCGUAUCACGUGUUCAGCUACCUAACUGGCCAGGUCACAUGGAUAGUUUAACAAUCUGGUCACGAGUUGAUCACGUGGACAGUAGCACUGAAAUGGUGUAUAUUGCUAGUGGAGGUAUAGUUGGCCAGCGAUAUUACGGUUGGAAGAACUAGGGAAUUGCGUGAUUAUAAUGCGUCUGAUCACACUUUGCCCCGCAACAAGGUGCGAUACACAGUUAGUCAGGCGCAUAUCUAGGAUUGGCUGAAUAGGUGGCAAUGAGGGGGGUUGCGUGCGUGGGCACACCCCCUUACCUAGGUAAGUGUCUGUUAGUGCUGGCUACCAUUUUUGGGAAUGUUAUUUUUGUUAACACGACUUCUUGGAUAUUUUCUAAGAUUUUAUUUAGAUUUUGAGGUGGGAACACCUCCAAAGUGCGAAAUUUGUUUUCGUAGAUUUAAGAAACAAUGUUGCACCUGCCCGCGAGAAGUUAGCGAAAAAGGGAGGGGGGUUACCAUUCCUAGAAUAGGAACGGGGUUACGUUUUUUUCUACUCUUGCUCCCAGGAGCAAGUGUGAGCAAGCAUUUUUACCUUUUAUGUGUGUACCUGGGUUAUAAAGUUGAGCCUGUCCCCGGUACUUUACUUUACUCCUUUGUCUCGGGAGAUCCUUUACCUUAUUUUCAAUCUUGAAUGUCGUAGUAAGCGAUAUAUAUGUAUUGAAUAAAUACAAAUUAAAAUAUCCGAAAAGGAAUGAGCAAAAGAGAGCGAGGGGGACCAAUAUUGAACAAACUUAUAAAGAUAGAAAGUACUUUAGAGAUUUCACUAAAUUUAAUAAAGAAAUAUUCAUAAAUGAUCUAAACAGCGUAGAUUUUAACGCCCUUGUUAGUGCAGAUGAAUAACAUUGUUAGCGCAAUAACACACGUGACAAAUAAACAUGCCCCAAUUAAAAAAACCUGAUAAUCUAACAUCUUUGCAUUUGCAUCUUUGCCUCGUUACUACGACAUUCAAUUUUGAUGGUAUGAUAAAGAAAAUCCCGAGAGCAAUGGAGAAUUCUAAAGGAAUAAAGUACCGAGCACAGGCUCACCGUUUUAACCCGCGUUCCCCAAACGCAAACUCGUUCCUAUAUCUGGCAGCAUAUGUGUGUCGACGUCUGAUUAGAAACAACCCAAAGAUAAAAUAAUGGCCGUGUUCCUUAACCUGUGUAUCUGGGAUGAAGCGUACACUUGGUAAACGUACACUUGGUAUAGCCCAAACAAUAUUUAACCGCUCACAGAUGCUGAAGACUCUUCUAUAGUAAUUCAGAGCUUUGUAGCAGGCUUCGUAAUGUUGAAUGGGGGGUGGGGGAGAGGAGCGAAGUAAACAUAGGUUAGUAGCGUCCAGGCGCAGGAUAUCUAGAGGACUCGCGUAAUAGCUAAUAGGCAACAUAUAAGGAAGUGAAUGGCUUGUAUUUGCUCGGAUGGAUUAAAGCUUCUCAUCAGCUACAUUUUAAGGUACCGCGGAAAAUAAGGGACAGAGGGCGUCAAGAAUAGUUUUCAAUACCGACAAACGAAUCGAGGUUCUGGCAAAAAGCUUUUAAAAGAUGAACAUAUAGCAUCCCUAACACACUCUAACACAAACCGAAGCCAAUGUGUGAUUUGGUUUGCUAAGAAUUGAAUUGACUGCCCGUUGAUAAAUAAGGUAACACAAAGCAUGGUCAAUGCAAUUAAGUCUCAAUAAAAUAAACAGUAAUCCCACCUCCUCAGAGGAAGUAACAUUAAUGCGACGGCAAACAAGUGGCCGGUAAUUGUUUGAUCUAUGCUUUAUAUAGGAUGAAAGUCAUGAAAGUUGUUUUGGCUUGAACUGAAGUAUUGUGAAGAGAAUAAUAUGAAUGAGACAUGAACAAGAGUCUCUAACUACUCUUUUGAAUAAGAGUUUGAAAUCACCUGCUACAAAACAAUUCGCUCCUGGACUGAUUACCCAUAAGUAAGCCCUCAAUAAAUAGGAGUUAUGAAGAGAAGUGCAAACGCUUAAUAAGGCAGGGAAUAAAUGAACUUAACUGGA